AUGGGUCAUAAACUCUUCUUGGCCCUCUUUGUUUUCGUACUUUCACUGUCUAAGGGUCUUUGUAACACCUAUCAACAUAACCUCUUCGAACUUUGUGACGGCAUACGCGUGCAUAGUACACAGUCUUCAGGUGCCUUCUCUGGGUCUGUUAUCAUAGGUGCAAACUGCCAUCUGUGGCCCAAUUCAUCAAGCGUAGCAUACUCGUACCUCGAUUUAGCGCCUUGCCUUUGGAACUACGACGGACGCUUAGUUAUAUCAGAUUCCAUAAACGAAUGUAAUAGCUAUUUCGUAAAAUCUUGCGAAAAUUGCUUCCUUGAUUCGGAUCACAAUACCUUAUAUUGCGAAUGGAAACGAACAACACACGUGUUACUAAGCGACUUUCUGGAUGCAUCAGCUGGGCAUCUAACUUGCUCUAAUGGAGCCUGGAUUGGUGCUCGUGCUCCUAAUAUGAAGGCUUGCACAAACACGACUAUGACCUUUAAUCAUAGGCGGAGUCUGUUUGGGAAACUAAGCACACUAUAAGAUUAUGCAAUGGAAUUACUAAUAUACU